AGGAUUUAGAUCACUUAGAUUUGUUGCGGUUUCUAAAAAGGGAGGCUGAGACGGCUGAUGCAUCCUCACCUUUAUCUUUAGAGGACUCAAAGGACGACCUGAAUCGGAAAGACAACCUGUUUGAGAAGUUCCUAGCCGUAUUACGUAAAAGCAUAGAAGGCGAGCGCGUUUUCCGUUUCUUAGACACGAGGGCUCAACUAGGUUUGUAUGACGAUGAAAGGCUAGGUCAGCUCUCAAACUGGGAACGAGUGGAGAGAUUGGUGGUGGAGGAGGACGCGGAGAUCUCUGAAAAUAAGACAAACACUGAACUACAUGCACAUGCAGACCAAGAUGGAAUUGUCCACUAUGUCCAGGAAGGACAAUAUUUGUGGUGGCCAGUCACAGCACGGCGAUUGGCAAGGUCGCAUACGCAAACACUAGAGCGGACUGUGGAUUCAUUAAGUAGAAACGUAGUUCGUUUGCUCGUGUAAAUAGAACGAAAAAUGUAGAAGCAAGAGAAGUUCCAAGGUCUUCUUUACCCCUUCGUUCAAGUCUAUAUGAACUUUAGACUAUGGACUUAAAAAGGAGUUGUCAACAGCAGGUGCUCUAAUCUCAGUGCCACCCGAUUAUCACGGGCAAAACGCUUUCCACCAAAAGCCUGUUGACACGUCUCUAGCGCGUGCAGUUUCAUAUGGGGAUCCGACAGCUGCACAGUUAGACGAAGAGCAGUCGGACAUGGACUUGCUGCAAAAACUCUCGGCUUUGCAAGAUGGCCCUCCAGGAGGAAAAGGCCUUCCACCAAUACAGUCCCACGAAAGUCUGGUAGCUCUCCAAGAAAGUCUCUCUGCACCGCAAGGAGUCCCACGAGCAUGGAAUCGGCAAGCAUUCAAUUAAGGCUUGAUCCAAUGCAUAGUCAUUCAAUUAUAAGGCGGUCUCCGCAUGUAAGAUAUGAGAAGCAGAAUUCUUUCUUGUUUAUGAUUCCCUCUUUCGGAAGAUUCUGGAAAAAUAUUAUUAAGGGAGGCAUCUUCUAUUUUAAGGAUAAUAUGGGACGAUGACGAGGGUGAACUACUGUUUUGAGCUCUACUAAUCCAAAGUUUACGUGUACGAUGUGGACGAUCCGUUGUACUAUCCAGAACUACCUCUUCUGACUCGCGGUGGACAUUUCUGCCGAGAUGUGCAGUGGGGUCACGAAGUCUUGUUGCAUCAGUUCUUCCUGUCUUGUGCCUGCCGAACGUUAAUCCCUGAGGAAGCAGAUUUCUUCUUCGUUCCGCAGUAUUCGGCUUGCCAUACGCAGAUCGGGACGUUUAACUACACGGUAUCAGAGCAGCUGUUGGAGCAAUUGGUGCCGAAGUUGGCCUAUUUUCCGUUUAGUAAUGGUAGAGACCACAUAUUCGUUUUUAGCGGAGGAGAAGGCGCGGACGGACCAAUGCGGAGCUGGCGAGACUACAUUGCGGAAAGCAUUUUUAUCAUGUUAUGCUGCCAAUCGAUAAUUGUAAUUUCUAGCUGGAUCAUGAUAGGUGGAUCAGUGAACUUGAGUAGAUCAAAGCCAAUCAUCAGCCUCACCAUGAUGGGUAGAUAGGUAAAUAAGUUGACAUGAAAGAAACUACCCAACUACCAACGAACCUGUAAGCCAUGAUUGUCCAGAAAGUCCACAUUAUAUUCUAAUCUCAAACGAACCCGAGUUGUGGAAUUACUUCGAGGAGUGGCAGACCUCUGGAAGCUACAACUUCGCCAAGGACAUACUAGUGCCGCCACUAGUGCAUGCGCGAGAGCUCGGCGUUCAACUCGAGUUGAACCAAAGUCCCGCGGAUCGUUUGUAUCUUAUGGUUAGAGUAGUUAGAGUUGAACCAAAGUCCCGAGGAUCGUUUGUAUCUUAAGACUUCUAACCCCCGUAAUAAAUUAGAAGCUGCAUUUCACGGUGAAUAACAGUUGCAAGGUCCUCUAAGCUAGUUUACUAGAGCUUCUAUGUGAUCCAGCUCCUUAGAAAGUUCAGCUUGAACGUCCAUCUUAUGGAGCGACCACAUGACGUAAUGCAUCUUGAGGCUGAGCAGCAUCUAUGGCUUGCUAUCUUGUUGAUGCAAGAAAGGGAAAAGGAAUACUAGGUUAACGAAAAUGCAUUUCGCGAUGAAUAACAGUAGCAAGGUCCUCUAAUCGCCGUGGAGAUUUUAUCGGCUGGAAUCGGAGAAUUCAUAAGGCUUUGGGUGGCGGUGAGGGGCCGCGAGGGGCGUUGCUAAGAUGGAUGCGGGAGGACAGUGACAAGUCUAUAGAUGGUGAGACGUUUGCUCACCCAGAAUACACAGAUCUGCACGUGGCACAGGACGUUCCCGCUGAAGAAGGCCUCAUCGGACAGGGAGGAAGCUUGUUUUGUUUAUGUUGAAAUUUGAGGAUCGAAGAUUAACAUUAAUGUCUGAUACCGAUACCGCAUGAGAAGAAAAAAUCUUAACCUCACCUCUAAUCGUCUGAAUUUGUUACAACGAAGCUACUCACUCUUACUUAAUACAAUUCAAUAUUUCUCCUCUUACUUACAUCAUGCGUCACCUCUAAUAUGCUUUAUCCCUCGCGGCAUCAGUGGCUACACAACGCGUUUCGUUCGCGCACUCUUCGCUGGCUGUGUCCCCGUCCUUUUGUCGGACCUGUAUGAGGUUCCGUUCUGGCCCUUGUUUCAGCAGCUUUUUAACAGCGAAAACGGUCCGUUUUUGAUCAAGUGGCCCAUGCGGUUGAUGGAAGAAAGGGAACUCUUGCGCGAGGACGACUGGAAUCUGAUUUUGCCACUGCAAUUGCAUUAAGGCUCAUUUUUGUAAGUCUUUUUUGUAAGUCAUUUUUGUAAGUCAUUUCUCACCGACGUUAUUUGCUUCUUAGGAUUCGUUCUGAGAAAGUGUCAGUCAUGUUGGGAGCAAGAAGUGAAACACUUUCUUGCUGGGCUCUAACUGCAGACGUCUUCUCACCACUUCAACAUGGGUGAACACGAACACCCUCAACAAGAGACUUCUUCCUCAGAGCAUGAACGCCACCUAGGCCAGACACGACACCUAGGCAUACAAAGGAAGAGCCUCUUCGUAUUUCGAGAAGACGAAGUGGAAGCCGUGAAAACGAUUUCAGAGUCCGAGGACGUACGUGCUCAAGUUGAUGAGCGCAGCCAUCUACGAUUUGCUCCUCAGGGGACUAAAAGAAACAAAACCACGCGACUGCGUCUCAAAGAAAAUGUUGAUUUUUCUGGUACGGCAGGGACAGUACUUGGUAACUCAACAUCUUCGCCGACCAGCAAAGAAAAUGAAGGUCAAACAAAACUUCUACCUACAUUAAGGCUUACAGCAAUUCAUCUUGAGAAGCAUCUUUGACAGCUUUCCUGAGGGGAAAGCGCGUCAAAAAUGCUCUUCAGGAUGAAUAUUUAUAAGUAGUAACGUCUAACUUGUACACCUCUACCUCUUCCUCUGCGCAAGCACCGUCUUCUCUCCCUCGUAGAUUAUCUGCGAUCGUUCCUGGAUACUGCGAUGUUUGAC